AUGAGCAGGGAAGACCAGCAUGAAUCCACUAGUACUACUGUCGUUCAUUCCUCCAUUGCUCUAUUGCAAGAGAGGUUUAGACAGCUCCAAAGAGUGAAGGAAAUGAGGGAGGAGAGAGCACUCAAGAAAAUGCUCACCGAACCUAAACAUAAACAGCUCGAUUCCAAUCCCACCAUGCAUUAUGUUCAGCCUUCAAGCAGGUUGUUUUUCGACUCUGAGUUGAGCAUUCCACCAAGAUCACCACCCCAUGUUGCACUCUCUAUUUGGCCACAAUCCCAAACCAAUCAUGCAGAUUACACUAGCAGCUACAGCCAGACCCAACUCUUCGAGAACUCUUGCCCCACAGAUCAUAGACCCUCUGCUCUCACUUCUUUCAAUAAAUCCAAUGACUCUGAUUCUCACCCUGAUGUUGAUACUUCUCUCCAUCUGUAA